AUGGAGUGCCCAGAGAACCAAAAGGUCGCCUGUGCAACCUUCGUCCUACAAAAGGACGCAGAGAUAUGGUGGAGAGAUAACAAAACCCUCAUUAACCCAGAAGGGGGACCAAUGAACUGGGAACGAUUUAAGGAGGCCUUCCUUAAAGAAUAUUAUCCUAAGUCAGAGCGACUUAAAAGGCAGCAGGAGUUUGCCCACCUGGUACAGGGAGGACUCACAGUGGAGAAGUACAAUAGAGAGUUUAAUAAACUCAAGAGAUUUGCACCGUCCAUGGUGGACACUGAGGAAAAGAUGACAGAGAAAUUUGUAUUGGGUUUGGAACCAAGAAUCCGCCGCAUGUUGGAGGCGUUCAACCCAAAGACCUAUGAGGAAGCCUUGAGAACUGCCAAGGCUUUAGAGAAACCAAAGGAUGAGAAACGACGUGAAGAGCCAGUUAUAAUUAGGCAGAAGCGUCCUCAUGAAUCAGGAGGCUCUGACCGUCCACCACCAGCACGUAGGCACCGUUCCAAUAACAGACCCGCUCCUAGAUGGGAUGAGCGACGCCCACCCCGACAUACUGACAGGAACCCUAGGAAUCAAGAUGGGGCCAGAGGGAGGAGAGAGGAAGGGUGCACUAUUUGUGGAAGACUACACGGUGGGAGGUGCAUGGCUGGCAGCCGAGCGUGUUAUAGAUGUGGUCAAGAGGGGCACAUCGCCGUGAACUGCACGGCCGGAAAUGCUGCAGCACAAGCAAACCCGCUCAGAGUAGUAGAGCAAACGGAUCAACCAGCACCACCGCGAGCUCAAGCUAGGGCAUACGCGUCAACCAGCAAGGACACUGGGAGGUCCGACGUCGUGGUGACAGAUUUCGACGUCAUACUAGGCAUGGAUUGGUUAGCUGAAAAUCGAGCUAGUAUAGACUGUCACCAAAAGGAAGUAAAAUUUUCACCACCGAUAGGACCUACCUUUAAAUUUAAAGGCACAAAUACCGGGAUUACCCCCAGGGUAGUCUCGAUGAUGAAAGCAAAGAAGUUAGUGCAACAAGGUGGAUGGGCUAUAUUAGCAUGUGCUGUAGACGUGAGAGGAAAGGAAGAGACCCUAGUAAACGUGCCAAUAGUAAACGAGUUUCCGGAUGUAUUUCCGGAUGACUUACCUGGAAUACCCCCUUCCCGAGCGGUCGACUUCGUCAUCGAACUCGAGCCGGGAACUGGGCCUAUUUCCAAAGCACCCUAUCACAUGGCACCAGCUGAGUUGAAAGAACUCAAGCUACGGAAGGAGUUCCCGGAGAUCCUCUUCAAGGAUGGCAAAUCCGUCGAUAAUUUUUCCAUGCGGAUAAUGGGACUUGCCAACAACAUCACCACUCUUGAUGGGAGCAUCAGCGAGAUGGAGAUCGUGAAGAAGAUGCUACAAGUCGCCCCAGAUCACUGCGAGCAACUCGCAAUUUUGAUCGAGACAUUGCUUGACAUGAACGAUCUAAUGAUGGAAGAGGUGACCAGAAGAUUGCACAACGUCGAGGAGAGGAAAAAGAAUACUACUUCAGCUAUUGAAAAGUAG